AUGACUCAUCGACAUGCGUAUGAAGCAAUUGAUCGUAGUUUAAGAGAUCUAACAGGGGUUGAUGUUCCAUUUGGCGGCAAAGUCGUAGUGUUUGGUGGAGAUUUUAGACAAAUUUUACCCGUUGUACCAAAAGGAACAAAGGCUCAAACUAUAGAUGUGUGUUUGGUCAGGUCAACACUAUGGAGACAUGUUCAGCUACUCCAUCUCACUCAAAAUAUGAGAUCGAUACAGGAUCCUGAAUUUGCAGCCUUUCUUUUAAGAGUUGGAGAUGGAUGUGAGCCUACAGUUGAUGAAGACAUGAUAAAGUUACCAUCUUCAAUAUGUGCAGGAAAUGGUGAUAAUAUUUCAGUUGAUAAUCUUAUCCAUCAAAUAUUCCCAAACCUCACUGAGCACGUAGGUGAUGUGUCAUACAUGGUACAAAGAGCUAUAAUAACACCAACAAAUGACGAAGUUGACAUGCUUAAUGAGAAGAUACUUACAGAGUUUGUCGGAGAAGAAAAAACCUAUUACUCAUGUGACACUGUUCCAGAAGAUCGUCAAAAUCUCUAUCAACAGGAGUUCUUGAAUUCAUUAUCCUUUGGUGGUUUUCCACCACAUAUUCUUAAGCUAAAAGUUGGCUCUCCAAUCAUGCUUUUGAGAAAUAUUGAUACAAGUAGUGGGUUGUGUAAUGGGACAAGGUUAAUAUGUAGUUGGUUAAGGGAUCAUGUGAUUGAGGCAUAA